AAGGCCGUAAAAUCCACGCCAAAACCCAACCCCUCUCUGCAAGUCCCUCCCGCACUCUCUCUCGAUCUAGGGUUAGGUUUUCUGCAGAAUUUUAUGGAACCUUCUUCCGCAACUAACGUCCGAUCUACGUUCCGCUAUCGUUAUUGCACCUGCAACUUCAGACGCUGUUGCCGCUGUUUCUGUUGUUGUUACGGUUGUUCGGAGCCUUGAAUUAUUUUUUUAUUUAUAAUUUUGGUGGUUAAUGGUUUAAGUUUGGGAAUUUUGGAGAUUUAAUUCAAGUAUGAAUAUGUCACAAGCACAAUCGGGUCUCUCGUUGGGGCUUCAUCCAUCGCAUGACUCGCCAGUUGUUACAAGGGCUCCAAUUGCAGACGAUUCAAUCACUUUCCAGAUUGAUUCAAGCUUCCGUGAUGCAUCGCACUCUGUUCCAUCAAUUCCGUUGCAAUUGCUUGAGCAACAACCGGAAAAUAGAGAGAAUGAGGUAUGGGUUGAUAGGGAGAAGGACGAAGAGGAUGAACAGAGGGAAGAGGAGGAGUUUAGUCUUCUGGGUCAUCCUAUGUGUUUGAAGAGGAGGAGAGAUUCAGAAUCUUCGAUGUCGUCGUGUUCUUUGAAUCCUUCAAAGAGAAUUUCGAUUGAACAUGGCCUUGAGAUGAGGAGAACUUUGGUUCGGGCUUGGGGAAAUCAGUCACUCUGUGUUUCUGAUCCUGCAAUUCACGAGAUUAUGGAGAUGGAGAAACAGAGACAGUUCAAAGGAAUUGAAUUAAUAGCUUCAGAGAAUUUCGUUUGCCGGGCUGUGAUGGAAGCUCUUGGUAGCCAUUUAACGAACAAAUAUUCUGAAGGAAUGCCCGGUGCGAGGUAUUAUGGUGGUAACCAAUACAUUGAUCAGAUUGAACGUCUUUGUUGGAAGAGAGCUUUGGCUGCUUUUCAUCUUGAUCCUGAACAUUGGGGUGUAAAUGUUCAGCCAUACUCGUGUACAUCAGCUAAUUUUGCAGUCUACACAGGUCUUCUUCUUCCUAAGGAUCGAAUAAUGGGCUUGGAUUCUCCAUCAGGGGGGCAUUUGAGCCAUGGUUAUUAUACUCCAAGUGGGAAGAAGGUCUCUGGUGCAUCAAUCUUCUUUGAGAGUCUUCCCUAUAAGGUGAACCCACACACGGGUUACAUUGAUUAUGACAUGCUUGAGCAGAGGGCGCUUGAUUUCCGCCCAAAGAUCCUUAUUUGUGGUGGUAGCUCUUACCCACGUGAGUGGGAUUACGCCAGGUUCAGACAGAUUGCGGAUAAGUGUGGAGCAGUGCUGAUGUGUGAUAUGGCUCAUAUCAGUGGUCUUGUUGCGGCUGAGGAAUGUAUAAGCCCAUUUGACUACUGUGAUAUUGUUACCUCUACAACUCACAAAAUUCUCAGGGGUCCUCGGGGAGGUAUAAUAUUUUAUAGGAAAGGCAAAAAUCCGAGAAAGCGUGGGAGUCUUCUGAGUCAAGGAGAUAAUAGUGACCAAUAUGAAUUUGAGGAAAGAAUAAACUUUGCUGUUUUUCCGUCAUUGCAAGGUGGACCACACAAUAACCAUAUAGCUGCACUUGCAAUAGCCUUGAAGCAGGUGGCUACUUCCGAGUACAAAGCAUAUAUACAACAGGUGAAAAAAAAUGCCCAGGCUUUAGCAUGUGCUUUGCUGAGAAGAAAAUGCAGAUUGGUCACUGGAGGAACAGACAACCAUUUGUUACUUUGGGAUCUAAGAACUCUAGGGUUAACAGGUAAAAGCUAUGAAAAAGUCUGUGAGAUGUGCCACAUCACCGUCAAUAAAAAUGCUAUAUUUGGUGAUAAUGGUGCUAUUUCUCCUGGAGGUGUGAGGAUUGGUACUCCUGCCAUGACAUCAAGAGGUUGUCUUGAGGCUGAUUUUGAGACAAUAGCUGACUUUCUCCUUAGGGCUGCACAGAUAGCAACUAUUGUGCAGAGGGAACACGGGAAAUUGCAGAGGGAUUUUCUCAAGGGUCUCCAGAACAACAAGGAUAUUGUUGAGCUUCGGAACCGUGUCGAAGCUUUUGCAUCACAGUUUGCAAUGCCAGGAUUUGAUAUGUGACUCGGGAAGAGGGUAUUUCAUUCAAGGAGAAAGUUUUCCUUUACUGUGGCUGAAGGAAAGUGUACCCAUCUAGGUUCAUUAUUGCUCCCCUUACCGUACGAAGUUGAUAAUGCCCUUCUGACUGCCUCCGUUCCAUGUUAAAAUGAUGCUGUAUAAUAUGUUUCAGUUUUCAGUUUGUAGCUUUUCUGUAUGGUUAUGCAUCUGAUACCUGCAGUAUAUACACCAUGAGUGCAUAAAAAAAUGAUGCAAGGAACCACUUUCAAAUCAGGGCUAAGAAAUUCAAUUCCAGCUUUUCAUGUUCAGGUACAGUGAACUCCUCGAUUGUUGAGACUUGAGAUCAAACCUUUCAUGCGGGAAGCCAGUGAACCAGAAAAGCCUUAAAGAAUUAUGAUGCUUCCCCUGCCUUAAGGGCAUGUCAGGACCUCUGGUGCUAGCAGACAAUGAUUUAUCAUGAUCCAUUUGUUUCAACAGAAGGGCUCACGGAAAAUUUAAUUUUGUAUGUAAUUUCAUUUUAUCUUCCUCUGCCAUCUCUCUUUUUUGGACUGUAUUUGUGAAGGAAACAUAUCUAAUCUGAGUUGAAUAGCAGAAA